UGUCAUCAUGUCUGGUCGCGGCAAAGGAGGCAAGGGGCUGGGUAAAGGUGGUGCCAAGCGGCACAGAAAGGUGCUUCGGGACAACAUCCAGGGCAUCACCAAGCCUGCCAUCCGCCGCCUGGCUCGUCGUGGCGGCGUCAAACGUAUCUCGGGGCUCAUCUACGAGGAGACCCGCGGUGUGCUGAAGGUGUUCCUGGAGAACGUGAUCCGGGACGCCGUCACCUACACCGAGCACGCCAAGAGGAAGACCGUCACCGCCAUGGACGUGGUCUACGCUCUCAAGCGCCAGGGCCGGACCCUCUACGGCUUCGGCGUUUUUGAGGACCCCACUUUCUCCUGGUUCUCCUCCCCAUCUGACAUCUUUGUUUGUUGGCUUUUUGUCGACAUGUCUGGUCGCGGUAAAGGCGGUAAGGGUCUCGGAAAGGGUGGCGCCAAGCGCCACAGGAAGGUGCUCCGCGAUAAUAUCCAGGGCAUCACCAAACCUGCCAUCCGCCGCCUGGCUCGCCGUGGCGGCGUCAAGCGUAUCUCGGGGCUCAUCUACGAGGAGACCCGCGGCGUGCUGAAGGUGUUCCUGGAGAACGUGAUCCGGGACGCCGUCACCUACACCGAGCACGCUAAGAGGAAGACCGUCACCGCCAUGGACGUGGUCUACGCCCUCAAGCGCCAGGGCCGGACCCUCUACGGCUUCGGCGGCUAAAUUCCUAUAUCCCUCACAAAAUAAAGGCCCUUUUAAGGGCCACCCA